AUGGCAGCGGAAACGCAGACGCUGAACUUUGGGCCUGAAUGGCUUCGAGCUCUGUCCAGCGGCGGGAGUAUUACAUCCCCUCCUCUUUCUCCAGCCUUGCCGAAGUAUAAGUUAGCCGACUAUCGUUAUGGCAGAGAAGAAAUGUUAGCACUUUUUCUUAAAGACAACAAGAUACCUUCAGACCUUCUGGAUAAAGAAUUUCUCCCUGUCCUGCAGGAGGAGCCCCUGCCGCCAUUGGCUCUUGUGCCCUUUACCGAAGAAGAACAGAGAAACUUUUCCAUGUCUGUAAAUAGUGCCGCUGUCCUGAGAUUGACAGGACGAGGAGGAGGAGGCACAGUGGUGGGGGCUCCUAGAGGUCGAAGUUCUUCAAGAGGGCGAGGCAGAGGCAGGGGCGAAUGUGGUUUCUACCAAAGAAGUUUUGACGAAGUGGAGGGCGUGUUUGGUCGAGGAGGGGGCCGGGAAAUGCACAGAUCGCAGAGCUGGGAGGAAAGGGGUGACCGACGUUUUGAAAAACCAGGACGAAAAGAUGCAGGGAGACCGACUUUUGAGGAAGGUGGGCCAGCGUCCGUGGGGAGAAAGCAUGAAUUUAUACGCUCAGAAAGUGAAAACUGGCGUAUCUUCAGAGAGGAACAAAAUGGAGAAGAUGAAGAUGGAGGUUGGCGACUAGCUGGAUCAAGACGGGAUGGAGAGAGAUGGCGACCUCACAGUCCUGAUGGCCCUCGUUCUGCAGGCUGGCGAGAACACGUGGAACGGCGGCGAAGGUUUGAGUUUGACUUCAGAGAUCGGGAUGAUGAACGGGGUUAUCGAAGAGCGCGCUCUGGCAGUGGGAGCGUGGAUGACGACAGGGAUAGCUUGCCUGAGUGGUGUUUAGAAGAUGCGGAGGAAGAAAUGGGCACGUUUGACUCGUCUGGAGCGUUCCUCUCUCUGAAGAAAGUACAGAAAGAACCUAUUCCAGAAGAACAGGAGAUGGACUUUCGGCCUGUGGAGGAAGGGGAGGAGUGCUCUGACUCCGAGGGUAGCCAUAAUGAAGAAGCCAAAGAACCUGAUAAGACAAAUAAGAAAGAAGGAGAGAAAACAGAUAGAGUAGGAGUUGAAGUUAGUGAAGAAACACCCCAGCCCUCUUCCUCCUGUGCUAGACCAGGUUCUCCUUCAGACCAUCAGCCUCAGGAAACACCACAGUUUGAGAAGAAAGAGGAACCCAAAACCGAGCAAAUGGAAAAAGCCGAAGAGGAGAGUCGAAUGGAAAAUAGUUUACCGACCAAAGUGCCCAACAGAGGGGACGAAAUGGUUCCUGAUGUCCAACAGCCCCUGUCACAGAUUCCUUCAGAUACAGCCACUCCUCUUCUCAUACUUCCACCUCCUGUUCCCAAUCCUAGCCCUGCCCUCCGGCCAGUUGAAACGCCGGUCGUUGGUGCUCCUGGUAUGGGCAGUGUUUCCGCAGAGCCAGAUGAUGAAGAGGGUCUCAAACAUUUGGAGCAGCAAGCUGAGAAGAUGGUGGCUUAUCUCCAAGACAGUGCGCUGGAUGAUGAGAGACUGGGGUCAAAACUGCAGGAGCACAGAGCAAAAGGCGUCUCGGUUCCGUUAAUACAUGAAGCAAUGCAGAAGUGGUAUUACAAAGAUCCCCAGGGAGAAAUCCAGGGUCCCUUCAAUAAUCAGGAGAUGGCAGAAUGGUUUCAGGCAGGCUAUUUCACCAUGUCUUUAUUGGUGAAGAGAGCGUGUGAUGAAAGUUUCCAGCCUCUUGGUGAUAUAAUGAAAAUGUGGGGAAGAGUUCCUUUCUCACCCGGCCCGGCUCCUCCUCCUCAUAUGGGAGAGUUGGACCAGGAACGACUGAGCAGACAGCAGGAACUCACAGCCUUAUACCAGAUGCAGCACCUCCAGUACCAGCAGUUCUUAAUACAACAACAAUAUGCGCAGGUUUUGGCUCAACAGCAGAAGGCAGCCCUGUCUUCCCAGCAGCAGCAACAGUUGGCGCUUCUCCUCCAGCAGUUCCAGGCUCUGAAGAUGAGAAUAUCUGACCAGAGCGUCCUUCCCUCAGUCACUAGGUCUGUUUCGGUGCCAGAUACUGGCUCUAUCUGGGAGCUUCAGCCAACAGCCUCACAGCCUACAGUUUGGGAAGGUGGCAGUGUGUGGGAUCUUCCCCUGGACACCACAACUCCGGGACCUGCCCUGGAGCAGCUUCAGCAGAUGGAGAAAGCCAAAGCAGCAAAGCUAGAGCAGGAGAGAAGAGAGGCGGAAAUGAGGGCAAAACGGGAAGAGGAGGAGCGCAAGAGGCAGGAAGAACUCCGGAGACAACAGGAGGAACUUCUCCGGAGACAGCAGGAGGAGGAGAGGAAGAGGCGGGAGGAAGAAGAGCUUGCCCGAAGGAAACAGGAAGAGGCUCUGCGACGUCAGAGGGAGCAAGAAAUUGCGCUGAGGCGGCAGAGAGAAGAGGAGGAGCGGCAGCAGCAAGAAGCAGCCCUUCGGAGCCUGGAGGAGAGGCGGCGCGAGGAGGAGAGGCGGCGGGAGGAGGAGAGGCGGCGCGAGGAGCAGGAGCUGCUGCGCAAGCAGGAAGAGGAGGCUGCAAAAUGGGCCCGGGAAGAGGAAGCAGCUCAGCGCCGAUUAGAGGAAAACCGGCUGCGGGUGGAAGAGGAGGCAGCCCGCCUGCGGCACGAGGAGGAGGAGCGCAAGAGGCAGGAGCUGGAGCUGCAGCGGCAGAAGGAGCUGAUGCGCCAGAGGCAGCGGCAGCAGGAGGCACUGCGCAGGCUGCAGCAGCAACAGCAGCAGCAGCAGCUGGCCCAGAUGAAGCUCCCCUCUUCUUCAACGUGGGGCCAGCAGUCCAGUACAGCGGCAUGUCAGUCCCAGGCGACACUGUCUUUGGCUGAAAUCCAAAAAUUGGAAGAAGAACGAGAACGGCAGCUUCGAGAAGAGCAGAGGCGCCAGCAGAGGGAGCUGAUGAAGGCGCUCCAGCAGCAGCAGCAGCAGCAGCAGCAGAAGCUCUCCGGUUGGGGCAAUGUCGGCAAGCCUGCAGGGACCACGAAAUCCCUUCUGGAGAUUCAGCAGGAAGAGGCCAGGCAAAUGCAAAAGCAGCAGCAGCAGCAACCAAACAGAGCCCGGAACAAUGCGCAUUCCAACCUGCACACCAGCAUUGGGAAUUCUGUCUGGGGCUCUAUAAAUACAGGUCCCCCCAACCAGUGGGCUUCUGACCUAGUCAGUAGUAUCUGGAGUAAUGCUGACACGAAAAACUCCAACAUGGGAUUCUGGGAUGAUGCAGUGAAAGAGGUGGGACCCAGGAAUUCAGCAAAUAAAAAUAAGAACAAUGCUAGUCUCAGUAAAUCUGUAGGUGUGUCUAACCGGCAGAAUAAGAAAGUAGAAGAAGAAGAAAAGUUGCUGAAGCUCUUUCAGGGAGUAAAUAAAGCCCAGGAUGGAUUUACCCAGUGGUGUGAACAGAUGCUUCAUGCCCUUAAUACGGCAAAUAACCUGGAUGUUCCUACAUUUGUUUCUUUCCUGAAAGAAGUAGAAUCUCCUUAUGAAGUCCAUGAUUAUAUCAGGGCCUAUUUAGGCGAUACUUCUGAGGCCAAGGAGUUUGCCAAGCAAUUCCUCGAGCGCCGUGCCAAACAGAAAGCCAGCCAGCAGCGGCAGCAGCAGCAGCAGCAGCAGGUACGAGGGUGAAAUGAGCAUGAAGAUUCUGUGUGGGGGAUGGACCACAGUGCACUCCAUUCAGUAUUUCAGACCAAUCAAAGCAACAACCAACAAUCCAACUUUGAGGCUGUACAAAGUGGCAAGAAGAAGAAAAAGCAGAAGAUGGUCCGAGCAGAUCCCAGUUUAUUAGGCUUUUCGGUCAACGCGUCAUCAGAGCGACUCAACAUGGGUGAAAUCGAGACUUUGGAUGACUACUGA